UGAUAUUGUAGUAAUAGUAAUAGUAAUAGUAAUAAUAUACGGAGCACUAUAUGCAGUCCACAAAGUGUGAAAUUUGACACCAGACACGAAAGAAGUAAACACGUAAGUGAUGUAAAGACAGACAUUAAAAUUCAGACAGUUUACUUUACCAACAUAAUAACCAACGAGUAACCAUGACUAAAGCAACUGAAGCCAUUUUAACGGUUUUUGCAUUAUCUGCCAUAUACUUUGCGUUAUAUACCGGAGUGAUUCCCACCAGUGAUAAAAUCCAUGAAGAAAUAUUACCAUACUUGCCAUGGUGGGGUCUAGUGACAUUUGGAUCGUAUGCAUUAGGUACUUUAGGAUGGGGUGUUCUUACGUUCAAGGAUAAGGAAGACAAGUAUAAGGAAUUAUUGGUGCAAAUUGAUGAAGCUAAGAAAUUCUACAAGUCCAAGGGUCUUAAUUUGGACGAUUAGGGAGUUCUAAUAAAUAUAGUGUAAUAAAUAUAUAAAAUACAUAAUUAUAUUUCUAU